UUGUUUUCAGGUCGAAUAACUCCAAUAGCUUCAACGAAUUUUUCGUUCUACGAUUGUAACAGAUACACGACCUGUUCAACUUGUGCGAAGAGCGAGUUUCCUUGUGACUGGUGCCUGGAAUCCAAUGAAUGCGUCGCUGGAAAACUCACUGAAGACAGAUGUCGGAAGCAGCACAUUGUAAAUGGGUUGAAUCGAGAAGGUCAUUCACGUCGAAAAGGUCCACAGAAGUGUCCUCACAUUGUUGCGCCACAGACUAAACUCUACGUAGCGGCAGGUGAAAUGCAAAAUCUCGACCCGAUAUUCAUGACAGAUUUUCGAUGUCAGUUUCGAGUGGGUAACAUCGAACAUGAGAAAUCGGCCGUGAAGACAUUUGAUGACAAUAUCAUAUGCGACGAAAUGCAGUUCGAUCACUACGGUAUUGGCCUUUCGGGUGGAACUUCACCAGUUGAGUUCAAUGUGGUGUGGUCGUCAGGUGACUCGACGAAGAGGCACACGCUAGACAAUGUUGGAGGAGUAUCAGUGGAGGUAAGGGAGAGUCAUUGUGUUCACCAGAUGCGGAUUCCACGCUCAUCGUAUGGGCGGGGCCAGACCUAUCUAUCGUUGAUGCGGCUCACCUUUCUAGAACAGUGGGGGUGCUCCCAAAAUGACAUGACGGCAGGCGUUUUCAGCCAUGCAGCCAACGUGGAAUGUGCAUCUAAAUCACCUCUAAUCAAUAUUAAUCACUAA